AUGUUAGGACAGAGGCCAAAGUUUAUCCGUCCCGGUGACGAUGAUCCCUUAUACCCAACGCGCAACAAAGAUGGUGUCAUAGAAACGCUGAUAAAUCCGAACACAGACUCAGCGUUGGCAACCGACAAUGAUGCUCGGUCCAACUUCGUUUACAACCGUCACCAUCAUUUACCAUUGGAGACUCAACGGCAAAGAUUACCGGUGUUCCAGUACCGGAACCACAUCUUGUAUUUGUUGGAGAAGUAUCAAACGUUGGUCCUGAUCGGUGAAACUGGAUGCGGAAAGUCCACUCAAGUCCCUCAGUAUCUCCACGAGAUCGGCCACAAAGUAUGCGUGACGCAGCCUCGCGUAGCAGCCGCCGUGUCGCUGGCGUGCCGCGUAGCCGACGAGCGCGGCGAGCGGCUCGGCGAGCGAGUGGGCUGUGCUGCUGGGAUGACGUCCACGCGUGGGCCGGACUGUGGGAUUGUGUUCAUGACCGAAGGAGUCCUGCUUCGGGAAAUGUUUGCGUCGCCGCUUCUGAUGCAGUAUUCCUGCAUCGUUCUUGACGAGGUACACGAGAGGUCGCAAAUGACUGACGUGCUUAUGGGGCUACUAAAGAAAAUAGCUAAAAAACGCAAGAACCUCAAGCUUGUGGUAUCCUCAGCGACUAUGGAUGCGGAGUUCCUUCGGGAUUUCUUCAAUGUAAGGGACAAAAAGGACUCAGAACCGGGAAGCUCAUCUGUGAUUAUGUCAAUGCAGGGCCGCACUCAUCCUAUAGAAGUUUAUUAUUCUGCUGAGCCAGUAGCAGACUACGUAAAAGCGACAGUGGAUACGGUCAUAAAAAUCCACGAGAACGAGCCCUUUGGAGAUGUGCUGGCUUUCCUCACGUCUCAGGAGGAAAUCCUCGAAGCUCUAGACACACUUCGUACCUAUGCAGAAGAUAACAACCAAAAGAACAAACACAGAAGACAUUUCCCGAGCGGCGUUCAAGCGGCUAACUUAAACAUAGUGCCAAUGUAUGGCAGUCUACCUCAUUAUAAACAGAUACAAGCGUUCCAGAUUGGGGACAAGAAUGUCAGGAAGGUCGUCUUGGCUACAAAUAUUGCGGAGACUAGCGUCACUAUACCUGGGAUUGUCUAUGUGAUCGACUGCGGGUUCCACAAGCUGCCUCACUUCUCUCCGGACGUAGGUGUUGCCAGCAUAAGCGUGGCUCCAAUAUCCAAGAACAACGCGACACAGCGCGCGGGACGCGCGGGCAGGACUGCACGAGGGAAAUGUUACAGGUGAGUUGUAGAUAGAGGGCAAGAUAAGAGAGAGAGAG